GUCAGUGAAAUGUCAAACAAAUACUUGCGAACGAAUGUGGAACGAAGUGUUUAUUGUAGUAGAAUUCAUUCGAAAAAAGUAUACCGUAAUCACCUAAAUUCCUCUUUAUUGAUUUUGGUGACAAAUUCGUUUACAAUUUUUGCAUAUGUACAUGUGGUUCCAUUCAGCUGACGUAGAAUAACAGUGACAAAACAAUUGAGAUUCGGUUAAAACAAUUGCAAGUAAAAAUGUUCAAAAUCGACGGAACGUAUCACUUUAAAAUAUUGAAAUUAUCGCGAAAUAGCAACAGUUACUGCGUCAUCGUCGAUUCUUAGUUCUAGCUCGCCCAUUUCAUUUCUACCUGAUUGCAUUUGUGGAGCUAGAGGCGGAAAUAAUCUGUAUAAUUUUGCGCGCUGUUUUGUUUUCUUUCCUUCUACUCAAUUUCUACAUUGUGUUCGCUACAGCUCUAGCCAGCUUUAACAAUUUACUUUCAUCAAAUAUUCCAAAACGUCUGUCAGCUAAAUUAAAAUGCAACAAAUUUAUUUUUAUUCAAUAAUUUUUGUACUGGGCGUCGUAAGUUCCGUUACAAUUAUGUUGUUUUUCACACGCUAUUCGCCCAGCUCACGUAAAAUUCCCAAUUAUUUGUCCGAUGUGCACUAUCUCCAAGUGCGCGACGACUAUUCACUAUACUCGAUCACCUCGGAGCAGAUUAAAGAUGCGGCCAAUCAUAGAGGCAAAAAACGAAAUUCAGUUGAAGAUGAGAAUGAGGCGUUAAGUACAUUGAAAGUGGCGCUGGAACUUAGAUUACAAGGGAAAACGGAUAAAGCGUUGCGAUUGUAUCAACACGCCCUGGCUCUAGCACCAAAACAUCCUGAAGUGCUAAAUAAGUAUGGUGAAUACCUCGAGCACAGCCAUUCUGACGUCAUUUCUGCCGACAUGAUGUAUUUUCAGGCACUCAGCGCAAAUCCAAGCCAUAGCGAAGCGCUGGCUAAUCGAAUGCGCACAGCCACUAUCGUUGAAGAAUUGGAUCAAGAGCGUCUGAACAAAUUGGAUGCUAAGCGAGAUGCAUUAUCAAGCAUACACGAAUCAAAUGCUGCAUUGCGACGUGUGAAAAAAGAAGCCUACUUUCAGCAUAUUUAUCAUUCGGUCGGCAUUGAAGGUAACACCAUGUCAUUGGCCCAAACCAGAUCAGUGCUCGAAACCAGAAUGGCUGUGAAUGGUAAAUCCAUUGAUGAGCAUAAUGAAAUUUUGGGCUUAGACGCUGCACUUAAGUACAUAAAUGCAACGUUGGUUAAUCGAAUGAACUUUAUAUCAAUCGAUGACAUUUUGGAGAUACACAAACGAGUUUUGGGUCAUGUCGAUCCAAUUGAAGGCGGUGAGUUUCGUCGCACUCAAGUAUACGUUGGUGGUCACAUUCCACCAGGUCCAAAUGACUUGUCAAUACUGAUGCAGCAUUUUAUACAGUGGCUAAAUUCUGAGCAAGCCCUAUCGAUGCAUCCAGUCAAAUAUGCGGCAUUAGCCCACUACAAACUUGUUCAUAUUCAUCCAUUCACCGAUGGAAAUGGGCGCACAUCGCGUUUGCUUAUGAACACAAUUUUAAUGCGAUAUGGCUAUCCGCCGGUCAUCAUACCAAAGACGCAACGGCAUAAAUACUAUGAUUUUCUACAAGUGGCCAAUGAAGGUGAUAGUCGACCGUUUAUACGAUUUAUCGCCGAUUGUACGGAUAAAACGUUGGAUUUGUUUUUGUGGGCAACAAGCGAGCUAUCUCAUCAAGUUCCAUUGCUCUCCGAUCCAGAUGAGCACGGAUCCAGUACACUUUACGAUUACAUUUUGGAUAAUGAUAACGAAGAUUCAAGUGGUGAUAAUGCAUCGACCACCCGAGAAAACUGAAACGAAAUUUAUUUUUUAAAAAAUCAAUUUACCUAGUUUAAGAAGCGUGAGCAACGAACGUAACGCACAAAUUUUUUUUCCACACUGUUGAUCGGUGAAUAAAUAUAUCUUGCUCAUGACAUUUUAGUAAAAGUCUGUGAUUUAAAAACCCGUGAUGGUACAAAACUAAUGAAAAUGAAACGCGUUUCGGCAAUUUUAUUAGUUUAUGCUUUUAUUUUAGCAUUGACUUUUCUACAUCGAUGAAAUUGUUACAAUUAGCUGAACAUGAAUCAAGAGUUUUAGUUUGUUUUUUUUUUUAAAUGAAUUUCACAUAAGAUCAAAACCAAGCAUUUCCUCUCUAUCCAAAUGAAAAAUCAAAACCGAAAUAUUAGAAUAAUACAUCCAGCCAAACACUUGUAUAAAAUAUGCUUGCCUUAACAAUAACUCGAAUUUUUUUCGCUAUAUUUUUCUUUCUCAAUGUAGUAUAAGAAUUUUGUAAGUUCAUGAAAUAAUUUUUAAAUUAUUUGUAGCAAAGAAAAUUAUUUAAUAACUAAACAAACCAUUGAUUUUUUCUUUCAUUGCCAUUGUUAUCAAUUUCGAACACGUGUAAUUUAUUGAAUUGAAUGGAUGAAAAAAUAAAAUAAAUUAAUUCAAUAACAAAUCAAUCAAUCAAUAAA